AAGGAAUGUGGAAAGUCCUUUAAUCGUGUCUCAAACCAUGUUCAACAUCAGAGUAUUCGUGCUGGUGUAAAACCAUGUGAAUGUAAGGGGUGUGGGAAAGGCUUCAUUCGUGGUUCAAACGUUAUUCAGCAUCAGAAAAUUCAUUCCAGUGAGAAACUUUUUGUAUGCAAGGAGUGGAGGAAGACCUUUAGAUAUCAUUACCAACUUAUUUAACAUUACCAAAUUCACACUGGUAAAAAACCCUUUGAAUGUAAAGAAUGUGGAAAGGCCUUCAGUUUUCUGACACAGCUUGCUGGACUUCAGGUCAUUCAUACUGGCGAGAAGCCAUUUGAAUUUGAGAAAUGUGGGAAGGCCUUCAAUAGUGGCUCAAACCUUGUUCAACAUCAGAGUAUUCAUACUGGUGAGAAACUCUAUGAAUGUAAGGAGUGUGGGAAAACUUUCAGAUUUAGUUUGGUCCUGACUGCACAUCAAAGAAUUAUACUGGUAUGAAACCCUGUGAAUGUACAGAAUGUGGGAAGACCUUUAGUUGUAGCUCAAACAUUGUUCAACAUGUUAAAAUUCAUACUGGUGAGAAACCCUAUAAUGUAAGGAAUAUGGGAAAGCAUUUACUGUGGAUGAUCAGCUGUCUCAACUUCAGAAAAUUCAGAAUAGUUAGAAAUUUUGUGACCAUAAGGAGUGUGGACAAGCCUUCACUGUGUACGAAAAAUUUACUCAACACCAGAGAGCUCAUAUUGAUGAGAAAUCUUGUGAACAUAAAAGAAUGUGUGAAGAACUUUCAUCAUAGCCUGGGAUUUGCUCAACUUCUGAGUAUUCAUACUUCUGAGAAAUCUUUGAGUGUAAGGAAUGUGGGGCGUUUUAUAGCCACACUAAAUACCUUAGAGUUCGGAGAAGAUAAUUCUUGUGAGAAAGUCUUUGAAUGAGGAAUAUAGGGUAGUUGUCAUGUUCACAAUAUACUCCCUAUGAAAUAAUUUACCAGAUACAGGCAUACCUCGCUGAACUGUGCAUUGCAGUUAUUGUGUUUUAUACAAACUGAAGGUUUGUGGCAACCCUGUGGUGAGCAAGACGAUCAGGUCCAUUUUCCCAACGUCAGGUGUGCAUUUCAUGUCUUUACGUCACAUUUUGGUAAUUCUCAGAAUAUUUCAAACUAUUUCAUUGUUAUAUAUCUAUCAUGGUGAUCAAUGACCAGUGAUUUUUGAUGUUGCUAUUGUAAUUGCUUUGGGAUACCACAAAUUCUGCCCAUAAAAGAUGGUAAACCUA